GGGGCGUGGUUUGGGAGGGGGUGGGGCGAGGUGAUCGAGUGGACGACCACACUCGCUUCGCCGCUGCUCCAAGCCGGACGCGUGGUUUGUGUUUUUUUUGGUCGCGUUUUGUUUGUCCGCUCCGAGCUCUGUCGCUCGCUCGCUCGCUAGCACGCCGACAACGGGGGAGGACGGAGCGGGCGUGGGUUGGACACAGAGGGCUCACGAGGGAGGAAAGAGAGGGCAGCUGGAGCGAAGGUUGGCGGCCUGCAUUCGGUAGACGCGUAGAGACACGCAUAGUGAGUCGGAGAGGACGCGUGCGUGCGUGGUCUUGCAAGGCGGUAAGAAGCAUUGCACAGAGGCAAGAGGCUAUAGCACAGGAGAUAGCCGGACAAUAGACACACACACGCGCACUGUCUGCACGAUAAUUAGCGGGUGUCUAGGAAUAUACAUUAGACCCACAGAGGCAUGCAACAUCGCCUAGACCAGACGUCUCGUGGGCAGACAGAUGUUAUAUAACGGAGGGCGUAGACAUACUAAUGGUAUAAAUACACCAUACGUCUGUGACAUAGACACAUUCACAGGCAUACUAAUUGCCCAAUACACCAAACACACGGUAAGUAGACGGGGAUGUGCUAAAUACUCCCGAGUGUGUAAAUGAGAGCGUAUACAACGUGUGGGACAUUAAUUGACAUCCAAAAUUGUCGUAUUGUCUUGUCAAUAUCUAUAUACAGCCUAUGAUACCGAUCGAUUUUGUUUGCAGAGUGUGUCAUAUUUCAGUCGAUGCGAUAUAGUAACAUAGCUGGAGGAUACAUUGACCAAGGCUAUUGACACACACAGCGAUCUGUAUGAAGUUUACGGACUAAUAUACAGUGCGGUGAUGCCAAACGGUAAUAUAAUACGGGGAUAUAAUAUUACUGAUCAAUAGUGAAGAGGCGUACACUACGUAUAAGUGACAAGUUGUUUAUAUAUAUAGGCACGGAGUAGAACUUACUAUUGUAGUGACGGCGAUUCCGUUAUUGGCAUCGCCAAUAAUAGACUGGAAAUAAUCUUUACAAACAUCGUAUACAGCGCAUAGGGCCAAUAUCAGUUGUACCAUAAGGGUUCAAGUCUAGGUGACACUUGUGUCUUGAUAGUGAAGGAAGGGUCACACAGUUGUGCCACAGUCUGCGCGAGUGGAACAUGCAUUCUCUGGCACGAGCCUCCUCAAUCUUUCGUCACAAUGCCCCUGCCUGGCGGGGCGUGGGAGCGAACAAGACCUGGCACGGGGUUCGAACCGGGCCCCCUGAUCUGUUGGCUAACCAGCGUGAGCACCGACGGUCGCAGCAGUAUCACCAGCACCUGCUGCAGGGACAGCGCCGAGGGCCUGCCCAGCUCCUGCUGGGCCCUGUGGCCACAAGUCGAGCCACCCUCGACGGCACGGAGACGCUGGGGUGCAGACGGGCCCUGUUCGGACGGGCAGAUGGAGAUGGAGCGGAUGAGGCCACAGCGGCCACAGCGGCAACAACUUCAGGAGGAGGAGGCGAUGAUGGAGCUGGAGGAGAAGGAAUGGUAUCCAAGAGAAUGGAUGCAGAGAAGAUGAGGCCCCUGCCCCGCCUUGAAGACCUGCUGUUUGAUGCCAUCGCUGAGGGUCAGGACAAGAUCCCUGUUGUCAAAUUUAUAACUGCCUUAAAAGCGACCGGACUGCGCACCUCAGACCCCCGUCUAAAGGAUUCGAUGGAUGCCCUGCGCAAGACGGUGCAGACAGCAGCUGACGGAGUAGUCCUGGACAAAAUGCUCUUCCGCAAGUGCAUGGGCAGUAACAUCGUGCUGCUGACGCAGGCGUUCCGACGCAAGUUCGUCAUCCCUGACUUUGAGAACUUCACGGCGCAGAUGGACCGCAUCCACGAGAACGCCCGGGGCCUCACCUGGGGGAAGGUGGCUGACUACAUCCCUCAGCUGGCCAAGUUCAGCCCUGACCUGUGGGGGGUCUCCAUGUGCACAGUUGAUGGGCAGAGGCAUUCGAUAGGUGACACCAAGAUUCCGUUCUGCCUGCAGUCGUGUGUGAAGCCGCUCAAGUAUUCGGUGGCCGUCAACGAGCUGGGCACGCAACACGUGCACCGCUAUGUGGGCAAGGAGCCCAGCGGCCUGCGCUUCAACACGCUCUCUCUCAACGAGGAGAACAAACCCCACAACCCCAUGGUGAAUGCAGGCGCCAUCGUCAUCACGUCCCUCAUCAAGCAAGGAGCACACACCUCUGAGAAGUUUGACCAUGUCAUGGAGUACCUUAACAAGAUGGGUGGGCACGAGUACGUGGGCUUCAGCAAUGCCACGUUCCAGUCAGAGAGGGAAUCGGGCGAUCGCAACUUCGCCAUUGGUUACUACCUGAAGGAGAAGAAGUGCUUUCCUGAGGGCACAGAUCUUAUUGGCUGCCUGGAUUUCUACUUCCAGCUGUGUUCCAUCGAGGUGACGUGCGAGUCGGCAAGCGUGAUGGCGGCCACGCUAGCCAACGGCGGGAUCUGCCCCACCACGGGCGAGCGUGUGAUGAGCCCCGAGGCCGUGCGCAACACGCUGAGCCUCAUGCACUCGUGUGGCAUGUACGACUUCUCCGGGCAGUUCGCGUUCCAGGUGGGGCUCCCGGCCAAGUCGGGGGUCUCGGGUGGUAUCCUGUUGGUGGUGCCCAACGUGAUGGGAGUCAUGUGCUGGUCGCCCGCACUCGAUCGCCUGGGCAACAGCGUCCGUGGCAUUCAGUUCUGUCAGGAACUGGUCUCCGUCUUCAACUUCCACAACUAUGACAACCUGCGACACUUUGUCAAGAAGCUGGACCCACGGACGGAGGGUCGCGAUGCACAGGCCAAGUCGGUUAUCAGCCUCCUGUUUGCGGCCUACAGUGGAGAUGUGUCGGCCCUCCGAAGGUAUGCCUUGUCAGCAAUGGACAUGGAGCAGAGGGACUAUGACUACCGCACAGCACUGCACGUGGGUUCUGCUGAAGGCCACCAGGACGUGGUGCGUUUCCUGUUGGAGAAAUGCAAGGUGAACCCUACUCCCAAAGACAGGUGGGGUAACACCCCGAUGGAUGAGGCCGUGCGCUUCGGACACCAGGAGAUUGUUCACCUGCUGCAACAGUUUGAGCACAAGUACCUGCAGGCGGGGAACGUGGCCGACAAGCCACUGCCUGAAUCUGUCACCAAGGACAACCUGGAGAGCAUGGUGUGAGCGAGCAAGCGGGCGGCACAGGGCGGGGGACUCAUGUACGUGUGCGUGCGCACGCACUCCCAAGGGUAUCACCCUCACAGGUGGCCCUGCGACUUUGACACUGCGUGAUCUGUUAAAACCCUUCAAGAGCAUCACCGAAUAUAAUAGGUCAUUAAAAAGCUCUACUCGCUGUACGCUUAGAAGCAAGUGCUUAAAUAAAUAUGACAUUGAGCAUCGACAGUAUUUACAAGGGGUGAUCAAAAUGUGUUCAGGCGGCAGUGGCCAAUACACUAACAUGUAGACAUAAAGUACUAGCGCCAUCUAUUGGAAGAAGUUUUUUUUACGUGAAUAAUUAUUUGAGGAUUUUAAUUUGCCAUCAGCCCUAACGAAAAUUGCUGUCUGCUUAUGUAAGUGUUCCGAUUUGUUCUGAUAUCCACAACAAAUAUUUUGAAGUGGAUUGUGAUCAACUUAUUGGCCACUGCUGUGUUCAGGACAAGAUAGCUGUGCUUAAAACUUUCUCUGCUUUCAUGUGCCGUCCGUAUUGUGUGGCUCUUCAAUUCCCUUUUACUUACACAUCUAAACUGUUGAACUCGCUCACUGCUUAUAUUUCUAUACAUUUCUGAGCGUACACUCUGCGGCCAUUUAAAUUAAGCUAUCGUCAUGUUGAAAUAGUUUUUAUUUUAUUUCUGUUGUGGUCAGAACAUUAUUUCAGGGUAUUUUAGUUAAGCUAACAGACUGGUCUCUCUUAAGCAACGUUUCAUUUUAAAAUCGCGUUAAAACAUUUGACAAACUGAAUGUUACAGAACUUCUUUCCAUAAAAUUCACGCACCGCUCCUGAAAACGAUAGGUGCUUGAACAAAGCCCCGUUAAACCUUAAGAUAAACUGCAUUUGCACAACUACAUUAUUUAUCACCCCUAAAUAUGUAUGUGUAUACAUAUGUUGGUGGAAAAUUCAGCUCAUUUCAUUUCUUGAAAGCACGAGUUAUGUCCUACAGU